AUGUUUGCUCGCUCAGUAGCCCUGAACAUCAGCCGCCAGGCCGCCCGCCCGGCCAUGCGCGGCGCCGCCCCCCUCAGCCGCUUCCGCCCGACGACCACGACGCCCAAGCUCCCCCUCCUCACGCCGAUGCAGGUCCGCCUGCUGUCCGACAAGACGCGCGCGGCCAUCGAAGAGGCCGUCGGCUCCGCGCCCGUGGUGCUCUUCAUGAAGGGCACGCCCGAGACGCCCCAGUGCGGCUUCUCGCGCGCGGCCAUCCAGAUCCUCGGCGUGCAGGGCGUCAACCCGGAAAAGUUCGCCGCGUUCAACGUGCUCGAGGACUCGGAGCUGCGCGAGGGCAUCAAGGAGUACUCGGACUGGCCGACGAUCCCGCAGUUGUACGUGGAGAAGGAGUUUGUCGGCGGCUGCGACAUCCUGGUGUCGAUGCACAAGAACGGCGACCUGGCCAAGAUGCUGGAGGAGAAGAAGCUGGUCGUCGAGGGCGAGGAGUAA